CCUCCCCACCCUCCUGCGGCUUUCGUUGGAUGCGCGGCGUCUCCCCGCUCCUCCUCGUCCCCCUCCGCCCCGCGUCUCACUCCUCGCCUCGCCGGAGGAGCUCGUUGUGGUUGCGGCCCUGGAUGAGCGUCUCCCGUCUCUUUCUCGUCGUCUGCUGCCCGACGCUUCCCACUCGCCAUCUCUCCUCCUCGUCCACGGCCGCAGGACGAGGUGGUUGUGGUCGCGGUCUGGGUAGAGGAGUCGAGGGUUCUGGCCUGAAAGCUCUCAACAGUCCAAGACGCUGACAGAUCGAUACGCACACAGAGUGCGGUACGCAGUCACAUGGAGCAGUCGGACGAGGAGCUGGAGCACCCAGCCGAGGAGGACAGUGACCACGAUGAUGCUGAAGAUCUGGACAAGAUGUUUGGGAACUGGCUGGGCGAGCUCGACACGCUCACCAAGGACUUGGACACGAACAAGGCGCCUGUGGCCAAACUUGCGAAGAAUGAAUCUAACUUGGCCAACUUCCGAUACAGAUUUUCAAUGCAUAACCUCCACGAGGCAUUGAACCAGGGAGAGGAAGUGGACCUCGACGCUCUGAUGGCUGACCUGUGCUCCAUGGGCCAGGAGCUGGAGAACAUCACCAAAGAGCAGCCUGCUGCUGCUCCUAAGCCUCCUGCAGCACCGGAGCCGGUCAGGGCUAUCCCUGCACCCGUAGCAGCGGGUGUGCGGGUCAAGCCGGCUUCGGCGAAGUCUCACGCCAAGGUCAACGCCUGCGACCAAGCACAGCUAUCGCUGGAGGAAUUGACGGCGCAGCUGGAGCAGGCUUCCCUCAGCAUCGAGGAGGCCGCUGCGUCCGUAGCUGCCCAGCCGGCGGUUAUACACCCUCCUCAGCAGCAGCCUGCCCCCACGGACAGAGUCGCCCAGGAGUCCAAAUCGGGCGACGUCAGCUCCGACUCGACAUCGUCUCGCUCCAGCCUCGCCUCGCUUGCCUCCAGCCAGGACUCGGAGCGGUCACGCUCACGCGAGUCCGACCUCUCCCAGCAGGCCUCCAUGACGACGCCUGUCAAUGAGCACCCGUAUCUGGAUAGGAGGACCUCAGUGCUUGUGCGAAACCUGGCGGGAAAACCCAACCACUUGCUGACACAGGAGGAACAGGAAGCCAAACUCAAAGCUGAGAAGAUCAAAAUGGCUCUAGAGAAAAUCAAGGAGGCUCAAAUCAAAAAGCUGGUGGUUCGCAUUCAUUUAACGGAUAGCAGCUCAAAGACGAUGAUGGUGGAUGAACGUCAGACGGUGCGGCAAGUCCUCGACAGCCUGGCGGAGAAGUCCCACACGGACGGCAGUCCGGACUGGUCCCUGGUUGAAGUCAUUCCAGAAUUACACAUGGAGCGCUUUUUUGAAGACAGCGAGAAUCUGGUGGAGAACCUGCUGAACUGGACACGGGACAGCCCCAAUAUGCUCAUGUUUGUGGCACGCAAGGAAAAGUACGCCAUCUUUAAAAACCCGCAGAACUACCUUCUGGGCACAAAUGAAACGAGUGAGAUGGCAGAUCGCAAUAAGGAGGCUCUGCUGGAGGAGUGUUUCUGUGGCUCCACUGUGACGGUGCCAGAGCUGGAGGGAGUGCUGUACCUGAAGGAGGAUGGCAAGAAAUCGUGGAAGAAGCGUUACUUCCUUUUGCGAGCAUCUGGCAUCUACUACGUACCCAAGGGGAAGACCAAGACAUUGCGUGACCUGUCCUGCUUCAUUCAGUUUGAUCACGUGAGCGUGUACUAUGGUCAAGACUUCCGGACGAAAUACAAAGCUCCUACGGAAUACUGUUUUGCCCUCAAGCAUCCACAAAUUCAGAAGAAGUCUCAGUACAUCAAGUACCUUUGCUGUGAUGAUGCGAGUGGGCUGCAGCAGUGGGUGACUGGCAUUCGUGUCGCCAAGUAUGGGCGCACGAUGUACGACAACUAUCAAGAUGCUUUGAAGAGGGCCGAGGUGACCUCGGACUGGUCAUCCCUCUCCUCCUCCAGCAUGAAGUCCGCUUCAAGCUCUGGAAGCAUUCCGGAGUCCCAUUCGGGCCACACGGAAGUGGGCAUGUCGGACGCGACGUCGGGGAGCCACACGCGCUCCCAGAGCAUCGUGAGCACCAUGUUCUCGGAGGCCUGGCGGCGUGGCACUCAGAUAGAGGAACAGAGCAAGGAGAGGCAUGCAAAAGCUGAGGGUGACAGCAAGGCGAAUGCCAUUCCACCUCCCCCUCUGUCAGGAUUGAAACCUCCUUUUCAAAACUGUAGCAUCCCUUCAGUUCUCCCACCCACCCACCCCGACUCUCUACAUCUGUUGAUGGGACCUUUACCACCACCUCCCCCUCCACUGCCAGCGAGCUUCACUAAGCUGCCAGGAGUUCAGGCGAUGCCUCUACCCCCACCACCUCCAUCUAUGCCAACAUUGUCUCAGCCACCAGUGAAACUUGCUGCUCCUGCCCAGGUGAUUAACUACUCUGUUAAACUGUCCACAUCGGCUGUGAAUACCUCCCACAUACCUCCUGUGGCACUGCCAGGCCAUGCAUUGUCUACACAACCAAUCCCUCCUCAACUGCCACCGUUUCCCGCGGUAACUCAGCCUGCAGUCAAAGCCUGCAAAACACAGCCACUAGUGCAGAUGUCUGCAUGCCAGGCCCCACCUCCUCCACCCCCACCUCCUCCACCUGCUAAUGCCUACCCUCUGGCAGCACACUCACAGCUUGGCCUCAGUGCUCGAUUUCCCACUCCAGUCAGCAACAACCAUUCCACGUUUCCACUUAGCCCACCAAGACCAGAUGAGGAUUUUCCACCUCCGCCUCUGGCUUCUGACACACAAAAGGGCUUCCUACCCUUUCCCCCUCCACUGCCCCCUCCUAAACAAAUCCCACAUCACCUGCUUCCCACUAGCAUCCCUGGGGAGAGAGUGCCCAGUUCACCCUCGCAUGGGGCUUCACCGCGCUCUGGCAAGAGGCCGCCUCCUACCCCACAACGGAAUUCUAGUGUCAAGGAAUCAAGAGCGGGCGUGGCAUCUGUAGGGGAGAGAAUGGAUGUGACCGACACCGAGCAAACGUCAAUGAGCAGUGCUCCCUCCACACAGGCCAAGCCUGGGAAGUUGAACUUUGCAGCAAGGAAUAUUCCUAUCGUCUUCCCACCACCUGGGAGCAAGCUCAAGUCUGCUGUGACGUCUCCUGAGCUGCCGCCCCCUCCACCUCCAGAGGAGGCAGACUUUCCUCCACCGCCAUUUAUGAACGUAGAUUGCUUACCCCCCCCUCCAGAGCUGCCUCUUCAUGCAAAGCAGCCCUCAGGGCCCCCAGCAACAAUGCCCAAGCCACCACCCGUGCACAUGCCUCAGGCCUCCAAAGUGGCCUGCGGUCAAGAAAGUCCUCUCCGCAAACAAGCCGCCCCCUCCAGUCACGAGGGACCAGCUCCGUCCCCGCCCAAACCCUCCUCUACCAAGGCAGCUUUUUCACAGAAAAAAGUGGCACCGCCCACGCUGCCCAAACGCAGCGACAGCACACGGCUCUCUGGACAGGCAGAUGCCCCGGGCUCUCCACCAGUGCUCGUGGCGGAAGCCCUUGAUGCAUCCAACCCAGGAGCCCCGGGUAGUCCCAGCGCCCUCUCGGCCGCCUCGCCAUCGAGCUCUCCGAGCCGGCCGGGUGGUCUGGCGCAGGCCAGUUUCAUCGCCGAUCUCAAUCGCACCUUAAAGCGCAAGUCCCUGAAGCAGCACGUGGGCUCGCCCAUGCAUGGGCCGGAUGACACGACCCUGCCGCCGCCACCGCCGGAGCUCCUGAGGGAGCCCGACAGCCCGUCGGUCUCUCCCGGUGUCUCGAGGUACGCCACGUUGCGCCGAGCAGCGGCGCCGCCACCGCCCCCCAAACGGGACAACAGCACCCGCCUCACGCACGACUAGGGUGCAAGCGUCGUUACGCGCCGAGCUUCUUACACGACCAGAGUGCGAGUGUCUUUUCGGGCUGAACCGCAUGCGACGCUUGCUCCGGUGGGGAGUGGUGCGCACGUGCACACAGGUGACGCGGGAGACUCUUGGCCUCUGCAUGAACGUCAUACGCGCCGUAACUCAGGCAACGGAUGUACGCAUCAUCCCAGUGUUUGCCUCUCCCUGUACAGUGCGUCGGUGCUGAAGUAAGUCGUGAAUUUCUCUUUGCUCAUUCUGUCAUCACUCAUGUCAGUUCGCUGUAGUAACCAGAGACCAACCAUGCAUCCAAACAGACCUUCCGGUUCUAUUUGUCAUCGCUUGCGUUAAGGGAAUUCACAUGUCAAUUGUUUUAUGUGUGUCCAUACACCUAUGCAUGGUUUUAAUGACACAGCUUAAUGAAGUGAAUCGAACAGCUGUACAAUUCGAAGGGUAAUGGGGAAAUUAUAUAAAAGGAAUACAGUUCAUUCUUGUUACAUUAAUCCCAGCAUUUAUUUGCAAAGUUGAAAUACAGAUCUUGAUUUAAAGCUUUUGUGACUGCAGGAAUUCAUAUUCUUUGGGUCUUUCGGUAAAGCCACGUAGAUAUAAAAUUUAUUUUUAAAAAGUUUUAUGACGAUUGCUUGUGUUUCGAUCGAAACGUUGUGAUAUUUUUUAUUAUUUUUCUAUCUAUGUGGCUUUACCGAAAGACCCAAAGAAUAUUUAAAUACAAAGCUCAAAUACAAUUUACAUUGUCACUAGUCAUUGCUCGCCCAAGAUUUUUAUUUUGGCAACAUGUUUCGGGAGCAUUCGAUAAGCGCUAUCCAAAGGUUAUUGUUUCACAAUAUACCCCCUUAAACAGCGAGGCAUUGUCCAAACCACUGAAUCCAAACGUUUUUUUAAACGUGCAUUGAAAUGUAAAACACGCAUUAUCCAGUAGGCCUUCGAAGGCAGUGAUCACAUGGUAGAUGCGUUUAUUGUUGAGGGCACAGAAAUCGGUAUACUGAUCAUAAGGCUGCGUUCACGGCACGGCACAUUUCAAGUGCAACAACGUUCCACAUGCUGUCUCGUAAAACCUGCCUAAGGUCUUAAAUGUCUUGCGUGUGGUUUGCGAUUAUGUAGUUGAGCUAAACUAGCCUUCAACUAAAUUGAACUAUUUUGAGUAAUACUCUGUAAUCCUUUGUCUUCACUUAUGAUAUGGAUAGUGGUUCACUCAUUUUAAUUUUAAACCAAAGAUUAUAAGGCUGUACAUAUUAGCCAAAGAGGUAUCUUCAUUUGGGAUUUUUUGUUACUGAUUUUAUCAAAUACAAGUAAAUGAUAAACAAACACUGUUUGGACUCAAACACAGCAGAUUUAAAAACAACACUUUUUAUAAUUACGUUAACUUUUAGACUCAAGUAAAACGAUUGCAAUGUCCUGGAUACCCUAUUGUGUUGUGGUAAUUGCAAAUAAUUUCGGUGGCUGCGUGAGAGACCGUUCUGUGAACGUGCCGCGUGUAAACCAGACCUGUUUAAACCUGGAAUGAGGAAGUACUUUGUACUCGCAUUAUCAUCUAAUUUCUCACUGAUGUUUUUUUUAUUUCUUCAUAUAAUUUCAUGGCAAAAUCAGGAGGCACGCUGGUGUCAGCCAUAUUAGAAGUGCAAUGCCUCGCUUGGAAUAUUUUGUCCCUAUUUUUAAUCCACAGGAAUCGUUCACAUCGGCAGGGCAUUACGAUGGUGGAAUGAUGUUACUGUGAUGAGUCAUAAAACCAAUGUCCUUCCAGCGAAAUCGCACCGCUCCACAUUAAUGUCGUGGGUGCUGAUUGUGACUAUAGGUGAGCAGAAUUAUCAUGCAAUUACCCAUGCGCAUAACCACUUUAGUCGACAAAACUAAAUGCAGGAUAUCGAAUGAAUUUUAAAAUAGGAUGAAUUCGUCACAGUCUGAUCGUGUAGUGUGCCAGACCUCAGGGCUUGUGGCAGCAUGAGCAGCGAUUUGUUAUGGGGUCGGCAGCAGGAAUUAAAUUGUCAUCAUUAAUUUAUUUCACCUCAAUGCCAUUAGCUCCUCAUCUACCAUCAUUAUCUUAUCACUGUCAGCUCUUCUGAUAUAAGCAUCAGCUGUAGUGUCUCCAUCUGGUGAAUGCAGUCUCAAGCUGCUGCCAUUCUGCUAAGCGAUGGUUCCAUCUCGCUCAUUAGGAACUGACCUCGUUGCUCCAUCUGCUGCACAGUGGUUAUCUUCACAUGUAUUAUCUCCUUGGGCUGCCAUUCAAUCUCUACACUCAUCCAGGCGUACCUCAGAGUGAGCACAGACACCACAAGGGGGUUUCAUUUCAUAGAAAUGUUGGAAAGCGAUUUUCACGAAUUUCAUGGUGAUAUGAAACUGACUUUAAUCAUUUCAAAAAUAUAUUUUUUGUAUUUUUAAAAAAUAUUUCUACGAAAGGUCAUUGAAGAUAUCUCUCUCUUUCCAAUUGUAAUAUGUUUCUUGUCGUAGUAAAUUGUACAAAAUUUUGCUAGUGCCAUGGUGACGCAGCGCUGAGUCGAGACAGGAGUUACCCCAGCCAGUCUGCUUGGCAAUCGCUCACUAUUAAAAAAUACACACAUACUACAUGUCAACUAACAUCGUUUUUUGUUUUGCUUACGGUUAGAUAGUAGACAACGUUGUGUUCAUCUGAAAUAUUGAAAAUACUCUAAGUUAUUUAAAUACAAUUAAUGCCAUUUAUAUCAGGUAUUUAUGGUGAUUACAUAUCCUUAAUGAUGGCCUUCAUUGUUUAUUUGUAACUUCAAUUGAGUAAAACUUGUUUUUAAGAAUGCAUGUCAGACAAAAUACUGUUCUAUACAUUUUUUAUAACACAAUAGCAACGUGAAGACAAAACUAGUGGCCUACAAUGUAUUGUCAGUUUCAAUUUAAUGGCAUGCAUUAGAGAAAUUGUCUUAACUGAAUCUUCACAACACAUUUCCAUCCAGCAGUGGCAUAUACAUGAAAUUUAAGGUUUAUAAAAAUUCUACAAGAUAAAUGAAGUAUGCAGGCAUUAAAUCACCCCACAUGAAACUGCAGCAUUAAUGGCAUGUUUAUCAACCAUCAAUUCAUGAAAAUUUCACAUUCUUUUUUUUACUCUGUCAAAAUGUCAAAUAAUACAUUGUGACACCACAAAUUGUGUAAGGUAGAUACGGAGACACCGUGUAGAGUUGUUAUUGGUUGAGUGGAAGCUUGUAUCGGUUGAAAGUCUCCCUCAAAUUGCAGAAUCCGGCAUUGUACAAGGAUCAUUAGACUUCCAUAAUAGAGGUUAUUUUGGGUUAGAUCGCGUAAAUAUUAAUGUGUCGUUAAACCAGCCACCACCACCAGACACAGGCCAUUAGUAAGGUUUGUCUCGUAAACAAAACGUGCAAAUUAGUUACUAGUUCAGCACACCGAUGUGUUGGAGAGUCGAGCCACAAUUCUGGCUGUCGCUUGAUGAGGCUGGUUGUAAUUACCGGCAAAACUUUGUACUUGAAUUGUAAAUAUUGUGGGUUUACUCUCCAACACACCGGUGUGACAAACUGUACAAACUAGCCUUUUGCCCGUCUUAAGGACGGGUGUAUUGCAGUAAAUCUGAUACUUGCUAGUGAUAAGCAGACCGCGACGUGCUAUUCAUUGCAUUAACGUGUGUGCAAUUUGUAAGGGUGCGGUGACACAGACCUAUUUCAUUUUAAGGUUAUAAUCCCUUGUUCAUCAUGAUGUCCUUUUUACUUUGAUGUCUCAAUAGCGUUACGGAGAUCGCGUGACGUGUGGGUUCUGCCUUUGUAGUGAGGGUUGUGAGUUGACGCCGUGGAGGGGGGGGGGAGUAGGCGCCUUGGACAAACAUGUGGAGUGACGUCAGCCGCUAAUUAUUAUGAAUGGGGGGGGUGUCCAUUUGGAGGAUGUCAACUGCUCAUGAAUAUUAACGAGGGGGGCUGGUCGAUGUGGAGUGACGUCACGAGCAUUAAGGACAGACAUUCCUGGGUGAUUAUAGUAGGUAUUGGCUGAGUUGGGUGGUGGCGGGUUUAACAACACUUAUAUUUACACGAUCUAAGGCAAAAACCUCUUAUGGAUAAUAUUGGUUGCGAAAGCCUACGUGUUAAGUUGACAUUAUUAGACUUGACACAGGCUUCGAUUUUUUUUGUGGAAUUGAUACUGAAGUCUUAAAAUAUUUACAUUACUGACUAGUGUCUGUACAAUAGGCUCAGACACAUUUUGCUCCCAAACAUCAAAUUGCAGUGAAGUGAUCAAUUGUGUUGAUGUAAUGAUUGUUGUUGCUCCAGCUGUUCAUAAACAUCCAGGGCAUUGGUAAUUUCACUGGCUCUUCAGUAGCGUUAACAUUUUAUACGCGUGAUAUUCUGGCAUCUUUUUCAUGUUUAGAUGAGUGGUCUCGGUUGUUAGUACGAGUGCACUCUUUUUCAGUCGAAUAUUUUAGAGGCUGAAAGAGUGUGUCAAGGUUCAGAAUGGAAUUCUGAUGCCCUGGUUUAUAUCGGUGGUCGGCAAUCACCUCUCUGACUUAAAUGAUCGCUACUGAGCUGUAUUGAAGAAUGGGGGAAAUUAGCUUCGACGCUGUUGUCAUUGGGCACCGUAAUUAAUUUUAGUGCUAGAAUGUAUAAAUAGUUGAGGCACCAAUGUAUUAAUUAAAUUGUGUUGCAAUAGCAACUGUGACGUGAGAUGGGAUACUUGAACUCGGGAUUGGUUCAGGUGGAUAAUAAAGCCUUGUGCUUUAGGGGAUCGAGUGCAUGGUGCACUUGGUAUGCACACGUGUCACUGAGCACCUCAAUGUAACUGGGGGAGUCAUGAGUACAAGAUUUUAAAACGAUACUCCCACAGGAAUUGUCAGAUGCAUUAAUCCAUAUUUAAGGUAUUUGGUACUAAUCUGCUAAUAUUUUUGGUGGCUUAUUGUACGUGUUCCUUACAUAACGGGGAUACCAGUCUUUCACAGAUUCGCAACCCCAUUGCACUCCACCACAGACUGCCACUCCAUACCUGCCAGUUGUCUUCAAUGAAAUAUAAAGUGAAACACGACUCAUUGCGCAUAUAUCCCAUUGAUGAAAUUGGAGAGUAAGAUCUCGUUGAGUAUAACAGUUAGAAUUUGUUAGGCCCAUAUGUGCACAGCAGCUCACACUGUGUGAAACCAAACUGAAGCCUGCGGCAGGUGCCCUUCACUAUGGCAACCACAAUUUAUAUACAACUCACAAAUGUAACCAACUUAAUUGACCUUGCACUUUAACAUUGCAGAGAUGAACACGUGACGUUCUCUUGUACAAAUAAUGGAAAAGACCUGGGUGCCCAAGGUUCUGAUCGUGUGUGUGCUGGCCAAUCUAAUGAUUUCCUGUUUUUCGAUUUCUCACAAGGUAGGACGUGUUGGCCUCUGAUAGCUCUGCACCAUCAAUGAUGGUUCUCCCAACUUCACUACGACCGCAACAGUGGUGUGCGGCUUUUAAGAGGGCAGAGCAGUGGAUGUACUAGAGCAGUGACCCAUUACUAUCUCAAAACUUUUGACACGUAUCACUAUACCUGUUUGGCUUUUAGAGGGCGUCAAGACAUUGACUUGAUAAUGGCACCGGAUCCUAAGCCUGUCACCCCCAUGCAAAUCUUGCGGUGUGCUUGUGAGAGAAUCUGUGCUUUGUUAUUUUUGAUCCUUUUUGACUUUCUAAUGUGAUGCUCUAAAGUUUUUGAAAAAAGUCCAUGGGGUGGUACUGAAUAAGAGAUAAUGUUUGUCUUGCAUCCCACCAUAUGUAAAAAAAGAGAAACACCAUUGGGUUCAAUCAAAAAUGGGAAAAUUGGAUGCAGGAGAUCUUGGGACCGAGUUUAAAUGUUCAUGGCAUAUACUAGUGAUGUCGGGGCAUAUGUCUAAAGAGAGGGCUUGUGAAGGAUGUGUUUGGGAAUUCCCAACAAUCGCAUGUUUUUUCAAACCGAGCUGUCAGCAAGCCUUCAACUCUGCCCUCAUGGCACAUAAAGACUGGAACUUAUCAGACAUCACAACUAGUUUUGAUGAAUACAGGAAUCCCCCUGCUAUAUAUAAGGGUUGCGUUCCUGGGAAAUGCUACUCAACUCGAAAUUACUUAAAGCGGACUCAUUUCCCAUCGACGUAAUUUUGAAAUGGCGGGUUGUGUUCCGAGCUGACAAUUUUGGGAGAGAAAUACGUGACUAAAUGUCGUGAAGUGCACACAAAUGCAUAUGAUUAUAGGUUAAUAUACAUAUUAACUAAUAAAUAAUACAAAUAACUAGGUAAAACUUGCAAGAUAUGGUUAAGAAGCUUGCUGAUCGAUGGGCAGCAGUGGUAGAGUUUUGCAGAUGAAGGGGCAGGUUCACCGGCCUAUUCAUCUGAUGAUGAAGCUGGAGCCACGGGAAUGUCCACCAGAAAGGAAGCUGCCUCUCCUCUGGGCUCUUCUCCGGACCAUCUGGCUCGAUUGCAGAACGGUGAACAAGUCUGUCCAAAGACAGCUGGAUAUCAUUUAUCUUCUGCUGCUGCUGGUACAGCUUCGUGUAGCAGUAAAUGGCACUGGUCAAUGUUCAUGGUGGUAUCGUUUCAUUGGCCUCUUCCUCAGCUCGUUCCAGCUGUACCAGAUCAUUUGACAGCUCCUCAUCAUUGCACAAUCUUUCAUGCGAAACAUUACACUUGUAAGGAAAUGUGUUCCCUAAGCAGCCACGUAUCGGAAAAACAACGCAGAUAUCGUCAAAAUAUAGUGGGGGUUUCUUGUAAUAGCGUGACAACGUGAUAAAAAGCUGUUGAGAUAUUAAUGUAAUCAAUGUGCAGGUUGUUUUCAAGAAAUGUAGACCCUGAUUCCCAUCAUAAAGUUCACCAUACAUCUUUGUUAAUUUUGCCCUCUGUUGGCUGUUUUUUCCAUGUUAUACUGGAAAAUGGCCGAAGCAUCACCGCUUCAUAUCCGUCUUGGCGAAUGCCUCCUUGUCAAUAGUAAUUACCUGCAAGGUCAAGUUAAAAGGGCACGCCAAAGCUGGGCAAGGGUCACGGAGCCAGCAAUGGGUCGGUAAUGCAGUUAUGUUUAUCCAGCAGAAUGUGUGGACCUAUGUGAUGUAUCAACGGAAUGCUGCCUCGAUAACAUUCUCAUCCAUUUCUUGGAGGAAACUGACGGGUCAGUAUUUAGGGGAACCUGGAACUGGUAAACUGUUUAGUCAUACCCUUAGCUGCUAUUGUGAUGCUGACACUAUUAAAACGUUAUAAAAUCACCCACUGACACCCUGUCUUGUGGGUGUGGUGGUGUUAUUUAGUUCACCAGGGACUGGAAGGUAGGGUUGGUUGAUCUCAUUGAGUUAAUGUGUUGUGCUUCCUAGGUUAGUAGAGUAAACUCUAUCUGUGAGGGUAAGGUUCUUGAAAACGCUGCAGAAUCCGCGCAUGCAUAAACCUUGCUCAUUUGGGAAAAAUGGGGUUACGUUCCUGGUACGAGUGGACAUAGGGGGGAAAUGGUAAAUGUUUAAUAACAAUGGCUACAAUAAAUAAUACAUUAUAAAGAACACUUUAAUAACUUUUUAUGAUGAUUUUGACGAUGAUGGAGGUGGUGGUGAUGGUGAGGAAUUCAGGAGGAUAACUCCUCGGGAGAUCCAAGUGUUUGAUAACAACGCCCACACAGUUAUCAUUUUAGCACUAGGGAGCGCUAACCGCAAACACUUUCCCUGAUUGCAAUCACGUUCUUUUUAAUGGACUUCACAGUCGACUCAUAACAAAAUAUAUAAACGAGUCGACUAAGUAUAUAUAAAGUAAAAAUGUACAAGAGCAGGAUUACUGUGACACUGAGAACUCAGCAGGCAGCAGAGGAGUUGUGCUUAAUCUUUGCAGACAGUUUCUAGCGUAACAUGUACAGUACUGUACUAUAGUAACAUUCUGCGUGCUUGCAGACCACCCACACCGACGUGGGUGGUCUGUCAGCACUCCGUACACUCGCGUACACUAGAGUCCGGCGGGUAGCGAAUAGGGAAUUAGUAUACAUUUAGUAACUCGUGAAUAUGCAAAACUCGCGAAUCCAGAACUCGCACAUCGCAAGGGUUUACUGUACAGAAAGUAGGUUACUGUCCUGUAUAUAGAUGUUACUGUUGUGUAGAGUCAGGUUUCAUACAAUACUAAACAAUUGGUCAAGAGUUUAAAUGAAGGACGUUCAAGUAAAACCGACUUAUUGUUACUGUUGCAGAUAUUCAUAAUGCUGAAAUGCUAAUACUGUUUUUGUCAUUCAUAAUCUUAUUAGAAAUAUUGGAAGUAAUGUGAGUAUUCACAACCACUGCAUUUUAGGUCAUGUAUUUUGGUGGCUGGGGUAAUUCCAAGGGCUUAUUACGAUGACCGUUAACCUCCUUCAGCUGGGAGAGGGCAGCAGCCCUGGCUACGUGGUUACAUUGGACAACAAAAGCUCAGUAGCAGUUAGGUCAUUUUCUAUGAGAAGGUUAAUGCAUAUGGAUAACAAUGUCUGCACAGUGCACGAGCAUGCAUGUGACCGAGAAUGAUCUCCAUUUAAAUUUUGACUUCAAACUUCCGUGAAUGCAGGAAUUCAUUUUCUAUGGCUAUUACGGUAAAGUCACGUAGGUAGAAAAAAUAAUAAGAAAAUACGAAUAAAAAUUUAAAUAAAGUGAAUAAAAAUUAUCACGACGUUUCGAUCGCAACACAAGCAAUUGUCAUCAGGAGAAAAAAAGAGGGGGAAAGCUGCUGAGGCAGGCUGUUUAUAAAGGUUUAGAGAUGGGCAGGGCAGCUAAUGUUAAUGUAUUGGAACCAAAGAAAGGGGCAGCCCUGUGUUAUGGUGUUGAGGUGUCUUAUGGGUAUCAGCCUGGUUAACUAUGAAAAGUAAUUCGGUAUCUGCAUAUGAGCCUCCAUAACCACAUUGUUUAUAAACAUUGAUGUUCUCUGCCCUUAUCUAUCCACUGCUGGAUGAAGGCAUCUCCGUUGCCAUUCGUCAUGGUCCUUGCAAUGCGACCAAUCCAUCUCACUCCUGCACAUGAGCUAUGCACAUCCACCUCCAUCUCCACAGUAGUCCUCUCAGAAGUUGAUAUAGACGUAUUGUAAUUCCAGUAACAUCUCUAAAGCCAUUUGUCUACAAGCAACACUUGUGUCCCAAUGUUUUUGUUCUCCAGUGCAGCCCCUGGAAUUGUCAUGGAAAAUGAGACACAAAGCACGAGAGUCGUGGACAACCAAUGUAUCCCCAUGACCUCACAAUCAAACGGUAACCAGGUGGAAGCAUUCUAUCUUUCGUGAAACUGAGCUUCUUAAGCAUUAAUAAUUUUAAGUUGAAUUUGCCAUAUGGGAUACUGAUGCACACAGAAGGAGAUAUUUGCUAUGCUUUCCACUUGUGAAAUAAGCCUUUAAACAAAUGUGUUUUUUUUAUUAAGUAUGACAUUAUACGAGGCUAAAUGGAGAUAUAUGCAAUAUUUUACGUAUUGUUUUACGUUACGUAUAGUUUAUAAUUGUAUCGCUUUUGUUAGCGAUAAGGUUGGCUGCGUUUUUAUGUUGCUGCAUGAUGUCUAUGGGACUGGUCUGAUUGUUGUGAGUUAUAGCAGUUUAAUGGCUGUUGGGUAUUUUAGCUACAGUUAAACUAAGAGUAUAAUGUGAUUUUUACAUUCUCUUACAAAAUAAAUGCAAUUGUACAAAA